AUGAUUCCAAUGAUACCAUUCAUAUUGAUUCAAACUUUGUUUUGUAUUGGAUAUUCUAAUGACCUACCAGUUAACACUACACUUCCACAAUCACCAACAUUGUUCCUCCCACCAUUUCACAUAUACCAUCAAACAUCCAAUUCAUAUUCUUCAAAUGAACCUCUAGAAGAAAGUAAGAGAAGAUCUCCACCAAGGAGAUCUCCACCACCAAGGAGAUCACCACCACCACCACCUAGAAGAUCUUCACCACCACCAAGAAGAUCUCCACCACCACCACCUAGGAGAUCUCCACCACCACCACCCAGAAGAUCACCACCACCACCACCAAGGAGAUCUCCACCACCACCACCUAGGAGAUCUCCACCACCACCACCCAGGAGAUCUCCUCCACCACCACCCAGGAGAUCUCCACCACCACCACCUAGGAGAUCUCCACCACCACCACCAAGGAGAUCACCACCACCACCACCUAGAAGAUCCCCACCACCACCACCACCUAGGAGAUCUCCACCACCACCACCUAGGAGAUCACCACCACCACCACCUAAGAUACGAUCUCCACCACCACCUCCUUCAUCAGCAUCACCGCCACCGCCACCACAUUCUCCAUCACCACCACCACCUCUUUCAUUUGACCAUUUUGUGUUAUCUCAAACGUGGCCACCAACAUAUUGCAAAAUUAAAAAUGAUAAAUGUGUCUCUCCUGAGCCACUAAAGUUUGUCAUUCACGGGUUGUGGCCAAUUGAAAACGAUACUCUAAUACAAUUUUGUGAUAACGAAAUGAUAGAUGUGAAUGAUUUUGAGCCACUACUGGAAGAACUUAAUGAAGAUUGGCCAGCAUUAGUUAAAACUGAUAACCAAACAGAAGCAAACAUUCGAUUAUGGGUUGGCCAGUGGUAUGGUCACGGAACUUGUUCACGUGAGCUGUUUGAGUUUAUUCCUUACUUUGAAGAGACAUUAAAUGUUUACCAUCGAAAUAGUAUAAUAGAUAUCUUGAUAGAGGAUGAUAUUCACCCAGGCGAAAAGAUUCCUAAAGAAACUAUUCUCAAUGCAAUUCACACGCAUACUAAAUUUAUGCCACAACUCCAGUGUGAGCGAAUUAAUGAUACAGAUUAUUUAUAUGAAAUAAGACUUUGUUUGACAGCAAGUGUUGAACUAGAGUAUGAAGAUUGUGAUACUCCUUAUAGUGGUUGUCACGAUGAAGAAGUGUACUUUUAA